GGAAACGCUAGGGACAGUGUCCACUCCUUUGUCUUCAUUAAUAACCCAACCAAAUUUGUACAUCCCAAUUUUUGGCCUUACUUCCUGACUUCUCUUCAAACCAUUGGAAACAAAUCUCCUCAACUAAUAAACAUUAAACCUCAAAACCCACACGCAAAAAAUUUUUAAAAAUGGUGUCUCCUGAGUUAUCUCACUUCCAAUCUUCUCCCAUGGCAAAACCUCGAAACCGACCCUUUUGGUGUCUGUCCGAUGGCUUUCUUUACUUUGGUGGUGCUUGUUUAGCUCUUUUGUUGGUAUGGUCAUUUUGGUCUUUUUUCACUCCAAUUCCCAACUUCGAGCCUACCAUGACCGAGCCGCCGUCCAAGUUGAGGAAGAACCCGGUCGACUGCAUGGAAAGUGGGUUCGGAGUUAACUUAAAGUCCGACCCGAAAGACCCGACCUUUUACGACGAUCCAGAGAUGAGUUACUCCUUAGAAAAGCCGGUGAAAGAUUGGGAUGAAAAACGGAAAGAGUGGCUAAAGCAUCAUCCCUCGUUCGCCGCCGGGGCACGUGAAAGAAUCGUGCUUGUAACUGGGUCCCAACCAAAGCCAUGUAAGAAUCCCAUUGGCGAUCAUUUACUCUUACGUUUUUUCAAGAACAAGGUCGAUUACUGUAGAAUCCACGGCUACGAUAUUUUUUAUAACAACUUGUUAUUACACCCCAAAAUGAAUUCCUAUUGGGCAAAGUUACCGGUCGUUAAAGCAGCCAUGUUGGCUCACCCCGAAGCUGAGUGGAUCUGGUGGGUUGACUCGGACGCGGCGUUUACCGACAUGGAGUUUAAGUUACCGUUGGAAAGGUAUAAAAACCAUAACAUGGUUGUUCAUGGUUGGCCUAAGUUGAUUUAUCAAAGUAAAAGUUGGACCAGUUUAAAUGCUGGGGUUUUUCUGAUUAGGAAUUGCCAAUGGUCUAUGGAUUUGAUUAAUACUUGGUCUAGCAUGGGUCCAAUGAGUGAGGAUUAUGUUAAGUGGGGUCAGAUUCAAAGAUCAACGUUCAAAGACAAGCUUUUCCCGGAAUCUGAUGAUCAGUCGGCGCUGAUUUAUUUGCUUUACAAAGAAAAAGAGAAGUAUUAUGAUCAUAUUUAUUUAGAAGGUGAAUUUUAUCUUGAAGGGUAUUGGGUGGAGAUUGUUGGAGGCUAUGAAAAUACUAAGGAGAGGUAUUUGGAAAUAGAGAGAGGGGUGCCUAAGUUGAGGAGGAGACAUGCAGAGAAAGUGAGCGAGCAAUACGCUGCGUUUAGGGAAGAGUUUCUGAAGGAAGCUGGGAAUGGGAAAGGAAGUUGGAGGAGACCGCUUAUCACGCAUUUCACGGGGUGUCAGCCUUGUAGUGGGGACCACAAUCAGAUGUAUGCUGGUGAAACUUGUUGGAAUGGAAUGGUGAAAGCUUUGAAUUUUGCUGAUAAUCAGGUUUUGCGUAAGUAUGGGUUCGUGCGCCCGGAUCUACGGGACUCCUCCACUGUUACUGAAGUUCCUUAUGAUUACCCUGCUGAUGAGGGUCCCUGGUAAAACAGAACAAAGCAAAAAAAAAAAAAGAGAAGAUAAUAGCUACAGUGAAUCAAGGCUCGAAUUCCGGUGAACUCAUGGCAUGACUCCUCUGCUUAUCCUUGCUAGUUACAUGGGAUGCAGUUGGAAUGGGGAAUGGGCUGCAUUUGCAUAUUUGCAUUUGAUGGUGCUUGGACCAAUCUUACAGUACUAGUUCAACUUAAGCCACGUCCAGCAGAAGUUAGUCCUUUUCGCAUCAUACUUUCGGUCCCCGACCCUGGAACUUUUCUUUUGGGCGUGAUUGUUUCACUUGCUCUUGAGAUGUAUGGAGGUGCUAUGAAUGGUUUAUUUGGUCCAGGUUUAGGGCAAUAUAAGAGGACAUUCACUAUUACAUGAUAGUUUGGUUGGGCAUCAGUUUGUUAUUAUGCUCGUGUAGCUUGAAACCUCCAUUGAUUUUGCCUUAAUCACAUGCACGAAUGGGGUGCCUUGUUUCCAGCAUGAAAAA